AAGGUCUCAUUGCAUUUGUGCUCUGGCCCUUUAAUGUCCAGUUGAAGCAGGUUCCUUAAAAAUGAAACAUUCUUUUGAGGAAGUAGUGGUUUAGUUGCUGUCAGGAAACCCGUUGCUGUUUAUUCACUGAGACAAAGAGAGAGGAGACAUUUGGCGCAAACCCGUCCAGACGGCUGAUAACUUCCCUGACAUGGAAGCUCAAUACUUCUGGCAUCUGUCCCUUACUUUGGCUUGGAUAUUUCUAUUUUCCUUCCCUUCUGUGUGCAAAGGAAUGAAUGGAAUCGAGAUAAAGCUGAACACCGCUGUGUUUGUGGCCUUCUCCGGUGAAGAUCUCACAAUUAAUGGCACCAUCCAUAAAAUGACCAACGAAACUUCAGAAUAUUUGAGAUGCUACGACCCAAAUGGACAACCGAUAUGCAACAUUACGAUCAACCCCACAGAAGGGGAACACCUACAUCUGUAUCUGAAAAACCUGAGCAGUUCAGGAUUGUACCGUUGCAAAUGUAAUUCGGCUGAGGUGAAGUGGUUUAUUCGGGUGACAGCCUACAGGGAGCCCCAGAAGCCGGACUACACAGAGGUCUUCAUGAUGGCUGUCUUCACGGUCUUGCUGCUGGUCUUCAGUGUGUUUGCCUCUGUGUAUGUCUUCAGAGGACAUUGGAAAGAGACACAGUCUGGAUCUCUGGCCACCAGCAGAACACAGAAGCAGAACACAGAAGAAAGGAAGGAGACAGGAAAAGAGGAAGACAACAUGGACAUGGCAGCAGCUCAGUCUUCUUCGUUCUAUGCUAGUCUGGAGGCUCGGCCCAGCUCUAUUUAUUUUGUGCUGGAUCAUUCAGCUACCAACAGUGACGAGAAGCGAGCAAACGCCCCAAAAAAGGCGGAGCAAAUUGCCGAAUACCAGGAUGAAGGCAUCUUUGAGUGUGUUUAUGAGAACUUUUGAGUUAAAUAAACUGGGUUUGACUGAUUUUGCUUCAUAGCACCGAGCUAAACAUCAAUGCUUUCCACUGUCAGAUAUUUCAAGAAAAGUAAAACCAAAAGAAAAAAAAAAAAAAAAAACAUCCACAACAAAUAUUUCAAUAAAACUGUGUAAAUAAUAAAUAAACAAAAGUAUUAAGAGUAACCUGUAAAUGAAGAUUCCUAGAGCUUGUGUCACAUUGUUAUACAUCUGAUAUCUGGAUUUAAUAAAUAUUGCUGGAUCAGUAACAGA